GUUACUGUAGCUUCGGAAAAAGCAGCAACAGAAAAAGCGGUCGCUGAUGAGGAAGCGACUAAGACAAACGCACUUGCCGAGGAAGCGAGUAAAAUUAAGGCGCAAGCAGAUGGUGAACUAGCGGAGGCGAUGCCGGCUAUGGAGGCGGCGAAGGAGGCGGUAGACUGUCUCACGAAACCGGCAAUUACGGAGCUGAAAGCGUUGGGAAAGCCACCGCCGGAUUGUGUGGAGGUGACGAAGGCGGUUAUGAUUUUAUUGAGAAAUGAAAGAAAAAAUUUGGAUUGGAAAGCCGCGCAGAAAAUGAUGAAUAAUCCACAAGCGUUUUUGGAGGAGGUUAUGUCGUUUAACGCGAAUGAAAUUCCCGAUUGGGUGCUGGACAUGAUAGACCCGAUUUUGCAAAAGGAAUUUUUCAACUAUAAUUCUAUGAAAUCGAAAUCAACGGCAGCAGCGUAUCUGUGCAACUGGGUUGUGAAUAUCGUUAAGUAUAAUAGAAUUUAUGUUAAAGUGGCGCCGCUGAUGGAAAAAGUGGCGGAGUCUACUAAGCAGAAGGAAGAUGCGGAGGCGGCGUUGGUGGUUGUUUUAGCACGGGUAAAAACGGUGGAGGAAAAAGUGGCAAAAUUGGAGAAAACGUUGAGUGACGCGGUGAGGGAAAAGGAGCAAACGGAAGCUGAGGCGAAUGCGUGUCUGGCAAAAUUGGAGUUAGCUCAGCGCCUGGUGGACGGGCUCGCCGACGAAUACGCGAGAUGGACGCAAACGGUGAAGGAAUUGAAAGAAAAAAGCUUGACAUUGAUUGGGGAUUCUAUGUUGGCGUCAGCGUUUGUUGGGUAG